AUGUAUCGAAUUUGGAACAUCUACGCGCUUGCCGCCUUUGGCACCAUUGGCGGUAUGCUUUUCGGUUUCGAUAUCUCCUCCAUGAGCGCCUGGAUCGGUUCAGACCAGUAUCUCGACUACUUCAAUAGUCCUGACUCAACAGCCCAGGGCGGUAUCACAGCUUCCAUGUCGGCAGGAUCCUUUGUCGGUGCCCUCGCCGCAGGAGGAAUCGCUGAUCGUCUUGGUCGUCGCAAGUCGCUCAUGAUUGCUUGCCUUUUCUGGAUUGUUGGUGCUGUUCUUCAGUGCUCUGCUCAAAACGUUGCGCAUCUUAUUGUUGGUCGCGUCGUCAGCGGUGUCGCUGUCGGUAUUACUAGCUCGCAGGUUCUGGUCUACCUUGCUGAACUGGCGCCUUCUCAAAUUCGAGGACGUAUCGUUGGUAUUCAGCAGUGGGCUAUUGAAUGGGGUAUCCUCAUUAUGUACCUCAUCUCUUACGGCUGCUCCAUCUCAGUCGAUGGUCCCGCUGCUUUCCGAAUCGCUUGGGGUGUUCAAGCCAUCCCUGGCUUUGUUCUCCUUGCCUCUCUCUUCUUCUUCCCCGAGUCGCCGCGAUGGCUCGCUCAGCACGACCGCUGGGAGGAGGCUCACUACAACCUUGCUCACCUUCACGCUGGUGGUGAUCUCGACAGCCCUGUUGUUCUGGCUGAGAUGGAAGAAGUCCGUGAAGCUGUUCGCAUCGCUAAUGAGUCCAAGGACAUUGGCUACCUAGGCCUUUUCGCGCCUGGUAUCUGGAAGCGUACCGUUGUUGGUGUCAGCGUCCAGGUCUGGCAACAAUUGCUGGGAGGAAAUGUCAUGCUUUACUACCUCGUUUAUAUCUUCAGGAUGGCUGGCAUGACUGGAAACACCGCUCUUACGUCUUCCAUUAUCCAAUAUGUCAUCUUCCUUGUCACUACCGGUCUCGUAUUGCCUUUCAUCGACCGUCUUGGUCGCCGACCUCUUCUCAUUGCCGGAGCUUUGGUUUGUGCCGUUUUGCACUUCACCAGCGGAGCAGUCAUGGCUGUUCAUGGUUAUCCUGUUGACGGUAUUGAGGGCAACGAUAUCCUUACCUGGGCUAUCCAAGGCGCUCCCGCCAAGGCCGUCAUCGCUCUGGCUUACAUCUUUGUCGGAGUCUACGGUCUUACCUGGGCACCCGUCGCCUGGAUCUACGCUAGUGAAGUCUUCCCUCUCAAAUACCGAGCCAAGGGUGUUGGUCUCGCUGCCUCUGGUAAUUGGAUCUUCAACCUCGCUCUAGCGUUCUUCGUACCUCCCGCCUUUACCAACAUCCAAUGGCAGACAUACAUGAUCUUCGGCACAUUCUGUGUCGUCAUGACCGUCCACGCAUUUUUCACCUAUCCCGAGACCGCUCGUAAGACGCUUGAGGAAGUGGAAGCCAUGUUUGAUCGCAACGUUCCCGCUUGGCAAAGCUCGAAGGCCACUGGCUUUGACGAGAAGAUUGAGGCUACUCAGCGCAUGAAGGGGGAUGUUGGAGGGGAGACGACACACGCUGAGACUGCGUAG